AUGGGUGUGUUGUGGCUAGUGCUCGUUCUAUCGGCGACGGGGAGUGCGUGCCAAUUGAACGAUGAACAGUACCACCAGAUGCCCCAGCUGUUCCAGCUGGACGAUUACGAGGUAUGCCUCUCGCAGCGAAGAGGUGCCUUCUGUAUGGGAACCUUCGACCUCGUGGAGUCAUCUAACAGCCGAUUGUUCAACGUCAUACAAAAAUUCUCCGAACAGCGCACCAACUUUAACCACACACGUGUCCACCGCGGCUUCUGCGUCAACAGCAGAUGCCACCACAUCGAGGAGCCAUCAAUCAGCAGGACCUUCGUUAAGUGCGUGAGGAACCUCACUAAAGGGCUCUACGGCCUGGACGCGAAGCUGAGCAGUCUGGACUAUUGCAAGACUAGUAGAACCCCGCCGCCGGCCAUCGACGGCCUCGACGUCGCUUUCGCCUACGCCUGCGCAGCCAUACUCCUGAUGAACGUCAUCGGAACGGCUUACGACUUCUUCCGCAAUGUUGACCGCAAACCUAAUCGUUUCUUGAUGGCCUGGUCGAUUGCCCAGAAUUGGAGGCGGCUUACAGAUCCAUAUGAAAAUGGCGACCCUAGGCUUUCAGCCUUUCAAUCUAUCCACGGCAUGAAGGCACUCACUCUAAUUCUUGUGAUGCUAGCUCAUUCUGUGAUUGUCUACCACGCCACCUACAUACACAAUCCUCAAUUUUUGGAACGUGCGAACCGGCAUCCAGCCUCAACCUUGCUCCACAAUGGCUCUGUGGUGGUGCAGUCCUUCAUUAUGCUCUCCAGCUUCCUACUCGCUUACAACCUGAUCAUUUACGUCGAGAACAACCCGAAGAAACAGCUGAACCUCAGCAUGUAUCCAAAUGUUCUGUUGAACCGCAUUUCGAGGAUAACGCCGCUAUACGUGUUCAUGAUUGGGUUUGUCACCACGUGGUGGCGGUUGUCGAGCGACGGCGCCACGUGGGCGCCACUGGUCGAAGCAGAAUGCGCCCGCUGUCGGGCCAAGUGGUGGACCCAGUUGCUCUACAUCAACAACUUCGUGAUGCCCGACGACAAGUGUCUCAUUCAGACUUGGUUCCUGGCAGUCGACAUGCAACUGUACAUUCUGGCCAGCUUCCUGACCCUGACUCUGGGCCGUUCCCCUUGGCGCGCCGUCAAGAUCCUAGCGGGCCUCUUCCUCUUCUCGGUACUCGGCAAUUUCGCAAUCGCCUACUACUUUGACCUCAAAGCGAUACUGUUCCUCACGUACCCCGAACUGUUACGGCAUCAGUACACCGCAGAACCAUCUUUCAACUGGAUGUACAUGGCUCCGUGGGGCAGCCUGCCCUCCUCACUCCUCGGACUGUUGGCAGCUUUCCUUCUCUACCACUGGCAGAAGAACAAUUUUAAGCCCGAAGAGAGCUUGACCUUCCGCGUCAUGUACCGGUGCUCCUUGCCGCUGUGCCUCAUCUGGGUGCUGUCAGGUUGCCUGGUGAAGGACACCCAGUCGCGGCUGGUCACGGCCGUCUACGCCGCCCUCGACCGCCCCGUCUUCUGCGUCCUCAUAGUCGUCGCAAUGUUCGGAUUUAUCCACAAGAUUGACAACGCGUGUUGGCGGCUAAUGUCGUGGUCUGGCUGGCGGCCGCUAAGCCGUAUGUCGCUUUCCAUCCUGUUGGUGCACUUCUGCUACAACCUUACCCAGGUAGCAAUAAAGACGAAUCUCGCACGGACCUCCAUUUAUGAAAUCGGUGGCAACUGGUUCGUCACAAUAUUUAUGACGUACCUAACAUCCCUACCUCUGCAUCUUCUUGUUGAACUGCCUCUACAUAUGUUCUUCAAAUCCUUUAUUUCA